AUGGGGAACACGGUAGCCCGGGAGGACUUCGAGUGGGUAUACACCGACCAGCCGCAUGCCGACCGCAGGAAGGAGAUUCUGGCAAAGUAUCCUGAAAUAAAGAGGCUCAUGAAACCAGAUUCCAACCUGAUAUGGAUUGUGUCACUGAUGGUGCUCACACAGUUUAUAGCUUUUUACCUGGUGAAGGACCUGGAAUGGAAGUGGCUUAUGUUCUGGACAUACGUGGUAGGAAGCUGCAUCAGCCACUCCAUGACCUUGGCCAUCCAUGAGAUUUCUCACAAUUGUGCCUUCGGAAACAGCAAAGCCAUGUGGAACCGGUGCUUCGGAAUGUUUGCUAAUUUGCCUCUUGGCCUCCCUUACUCUAUCUCCUUCAAGAGGUACCAUAUGGAUCAUCAUCGCUACCUGGGAGGGGAUGGCAUUGACGUUGACAUUCCCACUGACUUUGAAGGCUGGUUUUUCUGUACCUCUCUGCGAAAGCUUGUGUGGAUCAUCCUACAACCACUUUUCUAUACCAUUAGGCCCAUCUGUAUCAACCCCAAACCUGUCUCCCGCCUGGAAUUAAUCAACUUGGUGAUUCAGUUUUCUUUUGAUGCUAUAGUUUACUACUACUUUGGGAUUAAAUCAGUGGUGUACAUGCUGGUGGGCUCCAUACUUGGUCUUGGACUUCAUCCAAUUUCAGGACACUUUAUUGCCGAGCACUACAUGUUUCUGAAGGGACAUGAGACCUACUCCUACUAUGGACCUUUAAACUACCUAACUUUUAAUGUUGGCUACCACAAUGAGCACCAUGACUUUCCCAGUGUUCCCGGAAGGAACCUGCCACUAGUGCGGAAGAUAGCGUCAGAAUAUUACGACCCCCUCCCACAGUACACCUCCUGGGUAAAAGUUCUCUAUGACUUCAUAAUGGACGAUACACUCAGCCCAUACUCCCGUGUAAAGAGGGAAUUGAAGGGAGAGGUCAAGCAGGAUUAA